CUACUCUUGAGAGCCCAGGAGUGGAGAAGUGUAAGGCAGUGCUAGUGUGUGAGUGUAUUUGCGUGUGUGAGAGAGAGAGAAUGUGUGAGAGAGGGAGGGAGAGAGAGAGAGAAAGAAAUGCGAUGCUGGCGGGGGAGCCACAGCAGGUAAGAUUAUAAGGUUCCGGCUGUUGGCUCCAGCUGCCCAGUGCAUUUACUCUCUCUGCAGUCUACUUGGAUUUGGGGCGAAGAAGAAAAAACAAGACAGUCUUGAGUUCUUCUUGAAUUGCCAGUUUUCAGCCUCCUCAUGCCUCCGUCUCCUUUAGACGACAGGGUAGUAGUGGCACUAUCUAGGCCCGUCCGACCUCAGGAUCUCAACCUUUGUUUAGACUCUAGCUACCUUGGCUCUGCCAACUCAGGCAGCAACGGCCACCCUCCUGUCAUCGCCACCACGGUUGUGUCCCUAAAGGCUGCGAAUCUGACGUAUAUGCCCUCAUCCAGCGGCUCUGCCCGCUCCCUGAAUUGUGGAUGCAGCAGCGCCAGCUGCUGUACUGUGGCAACCUACGACAAGGACAAUCAGGCCCAAACCCAAGCCAUUGCCACUGGCACUGCCACCACUGCUAUUGGAACCUCCACCACCUGCCCUGCUAACCAGAUGGUCAACAAUAAUGAGAAUACAGGCUCUUUAAGUCCAACAGGUGGGGUAGGCAGUCCUGUAUCAGGGACCCCCAAACAGCUGGCCAGCAUCAAAAUAAUCUACCCCAAUGACUUGGCAAAGAAGAUGACCAAAUGCAGCAAGAGUCACCUGCCGAGCCAGGGCCCUGUCAUCAUUGACUGCAGGCCGUUCAUGGAGUACAACAAGAGUCAUAUCCAAGGGGCUGUCCACAUUAACUGUGCUGAUAAGAUCAGUCGCCGGAGACUGCAGCAGGGCAAGAUCACAGUCCUAGACUUGAUUUCCUGUAGGGAAGGCAAGGACUCUUUCAAGAGGAUCUUUUCCAAAGAAAUUAUAGUUUAUGAUGAGAAUACCAAUGAGCCGAGCCGAGUGAUGCCCUCCCAGCCACUUCACAUAGUCCUCGAGUCCCUGAAGAGAGAAGGCAAAGAACCUCUGGUGUUGAAAGGUGGACUUAGUAGUUUUAAGCAGAACCAUGAGAACCUCUGUGACAACUCCCUCCAGCUCCAGGAGUGCCGAGAGGUGGGGGGCAGCGCAUCUGCGGCCUUGAGCGUGCUACCUCAGUCCAUCCCCACCACCCCCGAUAUCGAGAACGCGGAGCUCACCCCCAUCUUGCCCUUCCUAUUCCUUGGCAAUGAGCAGGACGCUCAGGACCUGGACACCAUGCAGCGGCUGAACAUCGGCUAUGUCAUCAAUGUCACCACUCACCUUCCCCUCUACCACUACGAGAAAGGCCUGUUCAACUACAAGCGGCUGCCGGCCACUGACAGCAACAAGCAGAACCUGCGGCAGUACUUUGAAGAGGCCUUCGAGUUCAUUGAGGAAGCUCAACAGUGUGGGAAGGGGCUUCUCAUCCACUGCCAGGCCGGGGUGUCCCGCUCUGCCACCAUUGUCAUCGCUUACUUGAUGAAGCAUACUCGGAUGACCAUGACUGACGCUUACAAAUUUGUCAAAGGCAAACGACCAAUUAUUUCCCCAAAUCUUAACUUCAUGGGGCAGUUGCUGGAGUUUGAGGAAGACCUAAACAACGGUGUGACGCCACGAAUCCUUACACCAAAGCUGAUGGGAGUGGAGACGGUCGUGUGACGAAGGUGCAGAUGGGAAGGUUGUACCCAUCUCUGUUAGGAGACCCUCAGGAAGGAGGAUGGAUUCUGGUUUUUCUUUUGGGGGGGAGGGGUAAAGUUUGUGAAUGGAAACAAACUUGUUUGAAAACUUUUCAUUUUUAACAAGUGUGAGAAGAUUGCAACUUUUGAUGACAUUGAGAUUUACUUCCCACAAACUGACAAAGCAGGGAGCCUGAAGAAGCAUUUUUAUAAUCCGACAAUAGAACUUGUUUCUGCCCCUUUUCCUUUUAAGCUGUUUGUAGAGUUUAUGACUAAAUAGUCUGUGCAGGUUCAUAGACCGAAGAUACUACACUUUAAACCAAUUAAAAAGAACCAAAAGUAAAUAGAGAAGACACUGAAUCAUGAAAGCCUGGGAUUCACCUGGGCCGACACCCAACCAAACCAAGCCCUGUUGUGCUCACUGGUGCAAAGAGAAGAUCAGGGCAGUUUAAGUGGUCUAAGAACCCUUCAGACAUUCAUUAAAGAGACAAAGCAUAUUGUUGAGUUUGUGUGUUUCAUGCUCUGGGUAUUUUUUUUUCCCCCCUUCUCUGGGUUUAAGAGAUUUUUUUGAAAUAGCGAGGAACUGACCAUUCUACCAUAUGCCUUCACUGGCUUCUCGUGCAAUAAUAUGUUCUUUUGAGUGUGCAAACAAGAGCUGGCAGCUGAAUGAUGACAAAUAGUGCAUUUUUGCCAGCUUGGAGAUAGAAAGGAAUUCAACAAUAUACUGAUUACUUUCCUUCCCACCUUUUCCCUUUUUAAAAAAAUUUUGAUUUGAUUCUGGUUACAGUGCCAUAAACAUUAUUACAUAUGUAUAUCAGAAUGUAAAGAAAAGACAAAAAUUUAUUUAAAAAUAUUUUUCGCAAAAAAAAAAAAAAGAAAAAACAACUUGAUCUAUUUCUGUUGAUUGUGUAAAAAUUUAUUUUCAUUAUAUAGAUGAAACUUGU